GUUUAUAACAGAGUGGAAGAGUGAAGUACAGUUGCUGACCGUUAGUGACCACCAAUCCUAUUUGGGUUCUUGGUGUUAAUAAUGAAGCUCACCUUCUCUCCAUCUUCUUCUCUUCGAAUUCCAGCUAUCACUUCUCACUGCAAUCCUUCUUCUCACCACCACCACCAAUCAAAAUUACCCACUAAGCCUACUGCUGCUGCUGCUGCCAAUUCACCAUGUUUUUCCUUUUCCAAAUGCUCCAAGCUCUUGCCUUUGUCUGGUUUUUACACUAACAGAAACUGCUCAAAACAUGCUCCAAAUACAAGUUUCAGGCGUAAUUCGAUCUGGGCCUGCACUAAAGUUGGAGCUGCUGGAUCUGAUCCAGUACUGAACAAAAUCUCAGAAUUCAAAGAUGCAUGCUGGAGAUUCCUAAGGCCCCACACUAUUCGUGGAACGGCUCUUGGAUCCACUGCUUUGGUGGCAAGAGCAUUAAUUGAGAACCCAAAUCUUAUAAAGUGGUCGUUGCUGUUGAAGGCAGUCUCUGGCCUUUUUGCACUAAUAUGCGGGAAUGGGUAUAUAGUUGGCAUCAAUCAGAUCUAUGAUAUUGGAAUUGACAAGGUUAACAAACCUUAUUUACCUAUAGCUGCAGGGGAUCUUUCAGUUCAAUCUGCAUGGUUGCUGGUGAUAUUUUUUGCAGUGACUGGAAUCCUGAUGGUUGGAUUAAAUUUUGGUCCAUUCAUCACUUCUCUUUACUGUCUUGGUCUUUUUCUGGGGACCAUUUAUUCUAUUCCUCCAUUUAGAAUGAAAAGAUUUGCUGUCGCGGCAUUCCUUAUAAUUGCUAUGGUGCGAGGUUUUCUUCUCAAUUUUGGAGUAUAUCAUGCUACAAGAGCUGCCCUUGGACUUUCUUUUGAGUGGAGCUCACCGGUGGCAUUUAUCACAACCUUUGUGACAUUGUUUGCACUGGUUAUUGCUAUAACAAAAGAUCUUCCAGAUGUAGAAGGAGAUCGCAAAUAUAAAAUAUCAACUUUGGCAACAAGUCUUGGAGUUAGAAACAUUGCCUUUCUUGGGGCUGGGCUUUUGCUAUUGAAUUAUAUUGGUGCUGUAUGGGCAGCAAUUUACAUGCCUCAGGCUUUCAGGCGUAGCUUAAUGAUACCUGUACAUACAAUUCUAGCAGCAUUCCUGAUAUUCCAGGCAUGGGUGUUAGAACGGGCAAACUACACAAAGGAAGCAAUCUCAGCAUUCUACCGAUCUAUAUGGAAUCUCUUUUAUGCUGAAUAUCUCAUAUUUCCUUUUAUCUAGCGGAAAAUGCUCUCUUUUGUUUUUGGCUCCCAAAUCGCGUGCACAGAGAGAGGUAGACUAAUUGGAUGUAUAUAUUUGCCUUUUUUACGAAUUAAUAUUUGUUGUUUUAGCAUACAACAGACAAUAAGCAUUAUCUUGUACCAAUCCUCUUCCUUGAUAGCAAAAUGAACAGGAGAUCUUGUAAGCUUUUUGAAUUUUUAAUCAUGUGAAAAUUCUUUUCAAA